GUUCACGAUCAUUGUACGACUCAUGUAAUGCUGAGGGGAACUUAUCAAGCUCCCAUACGACUCCACGACGCAUAUCACUCUGAACAUGCCCCAUUUGAACGCACUUUCUGAUCUGCGAGACUCGUCCCCACUCGGCAAACGCCGUCGUUCGGAAGACAACAUCGAUGCAAGUCCAGACGCUCAGCAUACCCCCCUUCCGCACUCUUUACAUCCACGACAUCUAUCUGGUUCCCAAGGUCUACCCAACAUGCCGUCGUUGAGACGCGAAGGGUUAGUAGCGGACACGCUGCGAGUAAGGAGGCGGGCGAUGGAUGCCGCUUUGGGAAGCUUCCAGUAUUCAACAAAGUUGAAAGCGCACAAAUCCUGUAUCAACGCGCUCACGUUCUCGAAAGGCGAGGGGCGGUGGCUCGCAUCUGCAGGUGAUGACCGAACGGUAUUGCUAUGGGAUAUGUACGACGAUGAGCAACCACGCGAGCCAAAAGCAAAACUCAGAGGCCAUCGGAGCAAUAUCUUCACUCUCUCAUUCAACGCGUCAAACACGUGCAUAUAUUCUGGAGCAAAUGAUGACAUAGUCUUGCGGUAUGAUCUCAGUAGGCUGGGCGAUCCGCAAAGCGGCGUUCUAGUAAGCGCGCCAGAUGAAGUGUUCCUGGAACAGAAUGGCGCGAUCCAUUCCGUCUCCGCGCACCCAUACAACGACCACACGCUCCUCUCUGCCAGUGAAGAUGGCCUAAUACGUUUCGAGGACUGCCGUGAUCCUGCACCCAACAAAAGGUGCAUCACGAACAACGCGGGCUUCUCGGAUGUCAAAUGGCACCCCACGGAUGAGAACUUGUUCGUGAGCACAGAUCAGAAAGGGCACGUCACACUGCAUGAUGCGAGAACGGCGUUUAAAACAACUCCGACAUCGCGUGCUGAUGCAGCUGUGUCCAACUAUAUCACCACUAUUAGUCUCGUGCUUGGUAACAACAUUGAAGCUAUUGCUGGACCGGAAGCAUCAUCGGUCUCCUUCGCUUCCACAGGAAGCAUGUUCGUGGUGGAACUGCUGCUGUACGGACCUGUUAUGUACAGCCUUAGCGACCCGAGCCCUAUCCUAACUCUUACAGCGGACAACCUCCCCUCGGGUCAGCCUAUCCCCGCGGGCCAGCGGUCCCACGCGAACAAAUGCACUACGAAGCACGGCUCCUUUGGUGGAGACGAACAAGGUAGUUUGUAUUACGGGACUGGAUCGGACGACUUCCGUGGGUAUUGCUGGAAGAUCCCGCCGUUGCAGACAUUGCUGGAUAGAAGACAGGAGAUCGAUGCGGCAAGCUGGAAGACUGGGCCAAUGGUCUCAAUGGCAUUUGCAAAGUCCGAAACAACUAACAAAUAUCUCCCUGAACGUAUGCCGACGCCCUCAUAUCGACUCGAAGGACACAGGAGCAUUGUGAACACGGUGUUGUUCCACCCCACUCAGCCAUUGAUAGCGACAUCCGGUAUCGAGCGCUUCGUCCGGCUUUUCACCCACUUCCCAACGCAACCAGGUCAGGAAGCAAUCAAGCCGUCUGAAACACGUGAGCUUCCUGAGAGUCCGGAUCCGUCCAUUGUCAUCCGCGCUUUAAGCGGCGACUUCACCACACAGACGGACUUCAAUGAUGAGGAAUCGGCAGAAGCUGAGGAUCUAGAAGACACACAAACGAUACGGCUAUUCGAUCAGCUGCUGCGACAGGAGGAAGCGGAUAUGGACUGCGAUCAUGAUCUGGAAAGGCUGCGAUGGACAUUGAUCCACGAGCCCUGGGAUGAUGAGGACGAGGAAGAGGACUAGAUUGAUGAAGCGGAUAUGGAAAAUGAAGACGAUACAGCCAUGGAUGCCGCGGAACACACCCGCGUGUAGGGAGAAAAUCGAUGGGAAGCGUGGGAGUGAUGUGGCAAAGAUAACAACUCAACUUGCUUGUCGAAGCUUUUCAGGGACAAUCCAGCUCUGUCUCAUGGACAUUUUGACUCCGUAUCGGUCCUCCAGACGACCGUUCCCCACCAAAACUGCAGUGACUGUUGUUUUGGAAAAGGCCAUGAUACUUCUUCCGCCUGGGAGAGCAACAAUAGACGGACUUGACGCUUUCAUGUACCUUUUUGUUGGGGUCACCAGCAAGAGCGGAGGCUUCCCUUUCCGGCAUCUUUCAGCGGCGACAUCCUUGCUUUUCUUCUUCAUCGACCCCUGAACCCCCUAGCCUAUCUCCGAGCCAAAUUCAUGUGACGGCGUGGACCGCCGAUGCGUGAUUGUCCUAUUCCGAACGGUUUGCUCGCCGAGACAUCGAUAUUGCAUGCCGAUGCCAGCGGCAACCGCUUCGUGGCAUCUCUCAAUAUCUUUCAUUGGCCUUUUUUGUCUUUCAUCUACUGAUGCAAUGGAUUUCAUUUCCACGUAGUGCGGUAUCCUGACGUGGAUUGGUCGAACCUGGCAACUAUUGCACCUUCUAGACCGUGUUCUUCCUAGGACCAACCCACCUGUGCUAUUAUGCUCCGAGCGUUUUCUCGCCUGUGGAUAUGGAAUCUGGUGGGCCUGCUUCCGAAAACCGAACACGCGCUCCAUUUCAGCCGGGGCCUUCUGGCGUUACCUUAUUCUCGACCGUCACCCACCGUUGGACCAGGCCUGGCUAGUGACUGCGGCGAAGAAAGCCGAGGAGGCGGCGUGUUAUACCUUUAUCACGAAAGCAUAUAACAGCAGCAGGAGCCAGAGUAAUAGCGGCGUCACUACUUCCCCCUCCCCAUUGAUGACAGCAUGUCCGGUGUCUCUCUUUCAACUUAAUUUGGUACGUCCCGACUGGUGAUAACACUGGUCGAAGCCUGGUUAUUCGGGUUGAAUUGCGUCUUACUCACAACCGCUGUACACGUG